AUGAUUUCACUGGGGCCGGGCGGCUCGGAGGGUGAGGAGAGGCCUGAGGGGAAAGGUUUGCAGCCUCAAAGGAGCGCCAGGCCGGCCACCAUCUUUGUUAGGGGCGCAGAGACGGCCCGCUCGGGUGAUGUAGCCGGUGGGUCGUCAUCGCAGGUAUGGGAGUUCUUCCGCGCUUUCCCGCCCGCCAUCUUGGAUGCUGGCAGCCUUGGCGGUCGAAGGGGGCGUCCUACCGUUGUAUUUUACGUCCGCCAUCUUGCGGGUGGGCAGCCGGGAAGCCGUCUAGCGCGGUGCCUGCGGGCCCGCCCACGGGAUUUACAGUCAGGCGCUGCCGCAGCCUGCCACGGGCUCUAUAAAAGCAGGCGCGGGCGAGCGGGCGGUCCUUUUCUCCGCGCGGCGGCGAGAGCGGAGGCCGCCACCUCCGCCCUGAGCCCAGGGCGCAGCCGCCAGGAGCCAUCUCGGUCGGGACCGGUGACCUGCGUUGUCCCGUCCGCCCCCCCCCCCCCCCCCCAUAGGCCCGCCCUGCAGGGGACCCAGCUCACAGCCGCACGAGGACGCCCCUGGGUGGUGGCCGGGGCCCAGCCCCUCGCUGCCUGGGAUCCUUCCCUGAGAAGAUCAGAGAUGGACACACACCCCAAGAUGUCUGGGGAACAUGCUCGCACUGCACGGGAGUCCAGGAUGGACACGCACACAACUUGCACACAGAAUCCAGGUGUCCAAGAUGAGCACAGUCGUACCUGGGUGUCGGAGAUGGACAGACGGACAUAUACACAUGCUUGUUUCCAGAACAGAUGGACUAUACAUGUGAGGGAGAAAAUCUGAGACUACUGCGAUGUGAAAUCCGAGGUCACAAGUGGAAACCACAAAGCCACAGCAGGGGUCGGAAGCGCCGAAACCUCCAGUCCAACUUGUUUCCCAAACUGGGUGGAAGCGCAACAGUGCACUGCCUCUGCUGCUUCCCCUUACCCCCAGCAAGCUGUAUUAGUCAGAUGCCAGCCAGGUUCUGCCCCAGCAUGGGCUGAACGGGACUGUUGUUAGUCCUAGCCUGCUGCUGCAUGACAAGCUCUCAAAUCCACCUGCUUUACACCUACCAUCAUGACACCCACUGAGGCCCAAACUGCCACACCAGGACCGUGUGGCGGAGACCCUCUGGUAUGAGGAAUGGACGUUGACAUUACCACCAAACAAGUUCCUUAUCACAAGUCCUACAGUCUGCCCACCUUGCUUCAACCUGCCCAGAGGUGGAUUAAGGUGCAUUGGGGGGCCUGGGCAAACACAAAAUUGAAGGUCCCCUACCACCAUGGGAGCUGGGCUGCAGGGGGAGAGGGGCCCCUUCCCCUCCUAGUGCUGGCUGGGGAGGCUGGGUGGACCCGGGGGUGGGGGGCACAUGCCUCAUGCUACUAUGGCCAAAUGCACACACACAGCAGACAAGGUUCUUUGGGUAAAUCUGAUUUAUUAGACCAACUAAAUAGUUGGAAUUUUUUAAUUUUUUUUUAGCAAGCUUUUGGGUAUAAAUACCCUUUAUCAGGCUGAGGAAGUAUCUGCACUUGGUGUGUGCGCUUUUCCUGGAUGGAAUGAAUAGUGAAGCCAGAGGCUGGGCUACAGCAAGCCAGUCAGUGAAAAUGGAAAUUGAGGAGUCAGUGCUUGACAGUCAGUGGGUUUCAUCGAAUCAACCCUUAAACUGCUUGUCAGCCAAAGAGCGAGCCAGAUGUCAGGCAGGUUAUAAUGUCAUAAAGCCAAGGUCUGUUUAGUCCAUGAGCACCAGUGGCCUAGCAGUGGAAGGCCAGAAAAAUAAUUUCUGCUGCUUAUGCUGGCAACCAGAUCAGCACGCAUUUCUUGCACUCCCCACUCUUGUCUGUGUUCACCUCACUUGUCACUGGCUGUCAUGCAGGGUUUAGGGCAAGGGAUGUCUUUUUAUUGUCUGCUGGCACAGAGAUCCUUGGUCUACUCCAAGAACUCCUUGACCUGGUGGUGGCUAUCAUCAACAAGGUGAAAAGUUGAAGUGAGGCCUUGUCCUGUCUUCACUACCCUCAGUUAGCACCAACCUCAUCAUUUAGAGCUCGGUUAGCACUCCAAAUAAAUUCACCUUGACACUAAGUGCUUUGAUACUGAAGACAAAAGGAGCAUAAGCAGUUAUGAUUGCUAUACAUUUCAAUCAUCUUCCUAACUGCUUUAGUCAAAGGGUCUCUCAAAAUGGGAUGCAGAGAUAGCACAUCUUAAGGAUAUGGGCUGAGGAAGGGUUUCCCAGGGGUUAAAGAAAGUGCAAAAAGCUGACUCAGACCUGAUUUACUACAACUUCCUGUGCAAAUCUCAUAGCUUUCCGCCGCUCGAUUUACCACUGGUAAAAUGGGGGCAUUACCACCCCCUGCUUUAGAGGAGUAUUAGGAAUCAUUCUGUUGCUACAGUGAUGGAGGCCGUGCAAGGACCAUACAGAGCCCCAGGGCUUCAGGAUGUCAACUACGAGUUUCUCCUUUUCAUAGAAGAUAGAGAUUUAGGGUGCAACUCUUGUUUGUGGUCUACCACAACUCUUGCUUGUGGUCUAUCAGAAGGGCCUACCACAAACUAGGUUGUAAGCAGUUACCUAUCGGGUGUGUAGGUCAGGUCUAGGCAUUUCAGUCUUGCUUGUUGCACAAAAGAGUCAGAACCUGCCCCCUCUGAGCAAUACCAAAAACCAGAGGGAAGAACAUAGACGAGUGAUUAAUCACAACAAGAUGCUGUCCUGUUGGAGUUGCCAACUAAUUCCACUUCUCUUGAAUUCCUAAAUACUCAAAAUGCCCUUGGAGGUUUUUAAAGCCCAGCAUAUCUAGUGGUCCUCAUUCUGAUUCUUUGAGCAGUGCAAAUCCAGAGCGAUGCCAGUGGAGUCGGUGGCCUUUAUCCUGGAUUUACACCAGCGUGAGUGAAAUCAUGUUCUAGCCCAGUGGUCCAUUGUUUUUACAACCUCCAAUUUCCUGGGAAGUGAGAAAUGCAGCCUGCAGCAAGUGCAGAAGCCAAGAGCAGUCCCAAAGAACAUUCACUUCUGGCAUCAGUCUCUGGGAAAUUUAGUGCAGGGUUUUCAUCUCUGAGCAUGUCGUUGUGCUUCCAAAGAGGGCCUUGCUCUUUCAGCACUAGGCCUCAAAGCUCUUUGCAAAGGAAGUUGGUAGCAACCCCUGUGUCCCCAAAGAGGGUAAACCAAGACAUGGAUUGAGCGGCUUGCACAAGAUCACACAGCAGGUCAGUGGCAGAGCCAGGAAUCGAAGGCAGGGCUCGAGUCCACGUGGGGACUCUUGGCACUCGACUGCGCUGCUGCCCUGUAACAGGAAAUGGGAUAAACCAGCUCCAGGAUCAUGAUGUCUUGGAAGUUUGGGGCAUUUAUACACAUCCUUUUUUGUAUCGCAGUGCGCUGGCAAUCUGGCGGGUCAGAGCAGACUUGAUUCAUUGAGUCUGCUCCGCACACGAGCUGGCGUGCAGCUGUGUAAGUGCGGAUGUGCACAUCAGUGUGCAGAAAAUGAUGGCAGUGUGCUUUUGAAUUAAAAUGCCUCUGAGGUGCUUCAGUUCAAAAGCAUACUGCCAUUUUCUCAGCGCUGCCGUGCAUUUCACCACUAACAACUGUAUGUGCUGUAGCACCGGGUGCUGCAGUGCUGUAACGUGGGCUAACACGGUGCGUGGGGGUGGGAAUCUAUGUACAUAAGUGUGUGUGCAUGUCCAGGUGUCGGGCUGUGCCUAGGUGUGUGUGCGCACAUAUAUUUGUAUACGUACACGUGUGUAUCCAUCUGGGUGUGUGUACGCAUGUAUGCCCACAUGUAUACGUAGCCAUACACAGAGGUACGGGGCUGGCACGGAGCUCUCCUGCCCUCACUGCCGGCGCUUGAGACGGUUCAGCCCGGUGGGAUCCGGGCGGGAAAGCAGCGGAGUUCGGCAGGAGGGUGCGGGCGGGCACCAUCCUGGUGUCUGGGCCAGGGACACUUGUUCACACACACGCACACCCCACCUGGCAACUGUGCCCCUGCCCCACCCACUGCUCUGCUUUCUGCUCCCUGCCCUAUUUGCCCCGCCCUUGGCCUGUGAUGUGCCCGAGCUCAAUAAACUUCGCUGCGAGGA